CGCGACGAGGGUCAAAGACGACGUCCAGGCUAGAUUUCACAUGCCUAUCCGCUCAGCGAAAUGCGGUUUCAUACCGUCGGACUUGGUCCAAUAGGUUCACUCAUCACUCAUCAUCUGAAAACCAGCAUUGCUCCCACCGACACGGUCACCAUCAUCCGUAGGAACUCCAGACAAGCUCGCGAAUUUGGCGAGCUGUUUGGAAAUACUCUCCGCGUUGAACACCAUGGCAUACCUUCCAUCUCGACGGGUUACUUUUGCCAGAUUCCCAAUCCAUCACUUUCACAUUCUCCGAUUCCACAGCAAACAUCAGAGGAUAUUAUCGACUCACUGGUAGUCACCAUGAAAACAUACCACACCUUUCCUAUGAUGCGCAUGCUUUCCUCGCGUUUAACCUCCGCUUCUACUGUCGUCCUUCUUCAAAAUGGUAUGGGCAUGUACGAAGAGCUUGUGCAACGUCUAUUCAGUGAUCCUCGAGAGCGUCCCAACUUUAUCCUUGCAACAAUCACCCACAAAGCAUAUACUAACCACAAUUUGGGUGACAUCGUUCAUACACACGUAGGUGAGCUCGCCUUCGGGAUCGUUCCGAACGGCACCAACAGGGAUUUUGAUGCUGGUUUCCGUGAUGAAUCAGUUCCUCUAUUCGACCGCAAAGGUCGGCUUUCAGAUAUCGUAUCUUCCCCCUCCGAUCCCUACUAUGAUCGCUAUAAAACACUCCGGGACACCGUGGAGGCACUUCUGAAACUGAAGUCUCUCAACCCGUCAUGGAAAUCCCUCACAGAGAUUCAGACAAACUUGCGAUGCAAUCUCGCUUUGCGCUCUAUCGUUGAUCCCCUCACCGCUCUACUCAACUGUCGCAACGGCCAACUUCUCCACUCCCCUUCGUUCCGCACCAUCACACGUCGGGUUACCUAUGAGGCUUCCCGAACAUUCGCUGCAGAGAUAGAUGCCCAUCUCGAAAUGGCUAAUUCCAUGAACAGGGAUGAGGAAGAUCUAGCCUCGCGUACCAUUCUCCCGCGAAAAUUACUUCCGCUUUCGUUGGAGGAGGAUGUCCUAAAGUAUGUACUGGACACCAAAGGGCAUAUUUCACCUAUGUUAUCAGAUAUAAGAGCAGGAAAACCGACAGAGAUCCUAAAUUUGAAUGGUCACCUACUUAAAAUGGCCUCGCAGUACAAGACAUACGUGCCUUGGACGGCGUUACUGCUAGAAUUGGUCCAGACGCGCAGUGCUAUACCGUUGGAUCAGAUGCUGUGAGAUGGGACUUUGGAUGGAUGCCGACGUUCUCGUCUACUUCGCAUUGGGGUUUGAGUAGCUUGUAUUAACAUCUAUCAUAUUAAUAUUAGCUGACUUACCGAUAAUCUAUCAUGGCACGAACAAAGAAGGGUGGACGGUUCAGGUUACAAUGAGUUGAUGGCGAUGGCAGUCAACGAAAGUUAGAUAUAUUCGGCGUUUUACAUGUCUAUGACAGGCGAGUAGAUUUAGGAAAU